GGCGCGCGCACGCCCAGCCCGGCUGGCUCGCAGACACGCGCUCGCAGUGCUUCCCCCAGCCGGCCCCCACGCCACCACCCCCGACUCCCCGAGGGUCCCGCAUCCGGAAAGUGAGUCUCCGCUUUCGGUUCCCCAGAAGCCUGGCGGCCGACCUCCUGCUCUCAUGCCGGCCCUCCUCCUUCUCGGGACCCUUGUGCUCCUGGCCUCCACCGCCGACCACGCCGGGGCCCGCCCGUCCAACGCAACAGGCGCCGAACCCCCGGGCCCACUGCCCGCCCUGUUAGCGCACCUGCGGCGCCUAACUGGGGCGCUGACGGGCGGCGGGGGCGCUGCGGGCCCGGGCACGAACAGCACCAGGACCAGCCCCGCGGGUGGCACCGGCGCAGCGGCUCGGGCGCCGCCCCCUGCCGAGCUCUGCCAUGGCUACUACGAUGUCAUGGGCCAGUACGACGCCACCUUCAACUGCAGCACGGGCUCCUACCGCUUCUGCUGCGGAACCUGCCACUAUCGCUUCUGCUGCGAGCACCGCCACAUGCGCCUGGCGCAGGCCUCCUGCUCCAACUACGACACGCCUCGAUGGGCCACGACGCCGCCACCGCUGGCCGGGGGCGCGGGAGGCGCCGGGGGCGCAGGCGGGGGACCGGGGCCAGGCCAGGCCGGGUGGCUGGAAGGGGGCCGGCCUGGGGCUUCCGGGGGACGAGGGGGCGAGGGCCCUGGAGGUAGCACCGCGUAUGUGGUGUGCGGGGUUAUCAGCUUCGCCCUGGCAGUGGGCGUCGGAGCCAAAGUGGCCUUCAGCAAGGCGUCCCGCGCGCCCAGGGCGCACCGAGAGAUCAACGUGCCCAGGGCUCUGGUGGACAUUCUGAGGCACCAGGCGGGGCCUGGAACCCGUCCGGACCGGGCCCGAAGCAGCUCCCUAACCCCAGGGAUUGGGGGUCCCGACAGCAUGCCCCCCAGGACGCCCAAGAACCUCUACAACACAGUGAAGCCCUCCAACAUCGACUGGAGGGCUCUGCCACCACCCAGCCCCUCCCUGCACUACUCCACGCUGUCCUGCUCUCGCUCCUUCCACAACCUCUCGCAUCUGCCCCCGUCCUACGAGGCCGCUGUGAAGUCGGAGCUGAGCCGCUACUCCUCCCUCAAGAGGCUGGCCGAGAAGGAUCUGGACGAGGCCUACCUGAAGCGCCGGCACCUGGCGGAGAUGCCCCGCGGGACGCUGCCCCUGCACACGCUGCGGCGACCCGGCACGGGUGGCGGCUACCGGAUGGAUGGCUGGGGUGGCCCGGAGGAGCUGGGCCUGGCGCCGGCGCCCAACCCGCGGCGGGUCAUGUCCCAGGAACACCUGCUGGGCGAUGGAGGCCGGGCCUCGCGCUACGAGUUCACGCUGCCGCGGGCGCGCCUGGUGUCCCAGGAGCACUUGCUCCUCUCCUCGCCCGAGGCCUUGCGGCAGAGCCGCGAGCACCUCCUGUCGCCUCCGCGCAGCCCUGCGCUGCCCCCGGAGCCGGCCACCCGGGCCAGCCUGGCAGCCUCACACUCCAACCUGCUGCUGGGGCCGGGGGGCCCCCCGACGCCGCUGCACGGGCUGCCCCCCUCCGGCCUGCACGCCCACCACCACCACGCCCUACACGGCUCGCCUCAGCCCGCCUGGGUGUCGGAUGCCGGUGGGGGCGGGGGCACGCUGGCCCGAAGGCCGCCCUUCCAACGCCAGGGCACCCUGGAGCAGCUGCAGUUCAUCCCUGGCCACCACCUGCCUCAGCACUUGCGCACCGCCAGCAAGAACGAGGUGACUGUCUGAGGCCGGGGCUGGGGGCCCCGCCUUGCAGGCCCCCUGCUCCGGGUCGGGAUCCCCCGACACAGGCUCACACACCCCAGGAUCCAGAGACCCAGAGGGGCCCUUGGAACUGAGACAAAGCCUCCUACCAGGAUGUCAAACAGAGACGAGAUCCUCCUCCUAUUAUGUCACUGUUUGAGUCAAAGCCUCCUUCCCAUGAUGUCAUCACAGAGGAAGAGGCCUGCACAUGAAGUCACUAGCAGAAAUGUCUGUGUCCUGUGAUGUCACUACAGGGACAGAACCCCUUCCCAUGAGGUCCUCACAGAGGAAGAGGCCUGCCUGUGAGGUCAUUCACUAUAUAGGCUGCAACUAUCUUCUGUGACAUCACCACAGACUUUCUGUGCUAUCGGAGGCAAGUCUCGCCCUUCCGAUGCCAUCUUUAGCUCCAAGGUCUCUUUUGGCGUAUUGUGUGGGGAAGAUAUUUUCUUUCUUGUCUUUGCUGUGGACGAGACGCCUGUGUCCUAUGAUGUCGUCGCUACAGACAAAGCCAUCUCUCGGGACACACUGCAGAGAAACCCUGCCUGUGGUGUACUCACUAAAGGUGAGGCCUUCUCUCCACAACACUGUCACAAAACGGCCUCCUUCCCGUGAUGGCAUCACCAGAGAAGCUGCCUUCCCUAUGAUGCCAUCAGAGGGGCGUGGCUCCUCCUGGGAUGCCAUCACCAGAGAUGACAGCCGGCUCCUGUGACCUCUCCAGAGCAAGGCCCUUCUGGGUUGUUACCACCAGACACCACCCACUUGGAUGGUCAUGACGCCAGGGGACACCUCCGAGAGCUGCUGCCAUGUGGUGAGAAGGCCAGCCAUGCUGAGUCCAGGAGCCCCCUGGUGAGAAUGCUAGAGAAAGCGCCUGUUCUGUUGCCUAAGGUGUCCUCACUCAGAAGGCCACCCUCUGGGACCAGGCUCCACUAGACAAUCAUCUAUCCACGAGCCGUUGGCAGUGAGCUCCAGGCUUCGAUGUAAUCACCAAGAGCUUCCUCCUCAGAGGCAGUAUCUGCUCUGAACGCCUGUCACCAGUGACGGUGUCACCAAGCUUCUGCCUCAUCCCACCAUGACUUGGCUUGGUGGCUCCUUCCCUCACCCCAGGGAUUUGACCACCGCGAUGUCUGCCAGACCCUCUGAAGGGAGGCUGGGCCCCUGUGCAGUGACUCCUAGGUGAUGGCGCCCCUGAAUGGGCUUCUACUCCAGUGAGGCCGCUCUGACUCACCAGGCUUCUGGAGUCUGUCAGUAGCCUGAGGGCUUGUGUCACUUCUUUCUGUCUAGAGACGUCACCAAUUCUGUCAGCAAAGUCCUAGCCUCCUACUGGAGGGGGAGGGUUGGGGUGUGCCUGCUGUUGAUCUUGGCAAUGACAUCCUCAGUGCCAUACAAUGUCCACCACUCAUGAUGACAAAGCACUGGGGGUCAAAUGUUAACCAUGUCAUUUCCCAGGAUUCCCUAUGACCCACCUCAACUAUCAUCUUCUUCCAGGGUUUGCUGUGAUUGACACUGUCAUCAUCUCCCAAGAUUCGCUACAACCAAUGGUGUCACCAUCUCUCAGUAUUCUACCAUAAGCAUGGUGUCAUCAUAUCCUAGAAUCCACCAUAACCAAUGAUGUCAUUACCUUCUGAAUCCAUUAUGCCUAAUGGUGACAUUUUCUAUCAGGACCCAUUAGGACUGAUGAUGCCACUGUUUCUCAGAAUUCUCCAUACUUGUGGUAUUAUUACCUCCCAGGAUCUGCUUUAACCAUGUCUUCACGUUCCAGGAUCCACCAUAGCUUUGGUGUUUUCACUUCCCAAGAUCCACCACAGUCACAAUGUUCUUCAUAUUCUAGGAUCCAUCCUAAAACUAUGGUAUGCUCAUCUCCCAGGAGCCAUAAGAGCCAAUGGUGUCUCAUCAACCACAGUGUCUUCAUGUCCCAUGAUCCAUGAGAGCCAAUGAUUUCAUUACCUCCCAGGACCCAUGGUACCUGAUAAUGUCAUCAUCACCUUCAAAGAUCUGUGAGAGUUAUGGUGUCACCACCUCCAAAGAUCCACUUCAACCAUGUGCCAUCACCUCCCAGGAUUCAAUUCAACCAUGGUGUCACCAUGUCCCAGGAUCUCUGAGAGUCAGCACUAUCAUCACCUCCCAGAAUCCACUUCAACAAUGUUGUCAUCAUCUCCUGUAAUCCAUAAGAACGAAGAUUUAUCAUCUACUGAUAUCCAUCAUAACCAUGGUGUCAUCCCCUCCCGUGAUCCAUGACACCCAAUGUAUCACCAUGUACCAGGAUCCACAGCAACCUUGUGCCAUUGCCUCCCAGAAGCCCCCAACUUAGGGGUCAAGCACCAUGACAGGCUGCAUUUCAAUUGCCCUCCAAGGUCACAAGGAACCAGCACAACAUGCCAUUUCCCCAUUCCCUCAAAUGAACUAGGGUGGAGCCAGCUGACCCCUCUGAUGACAUCACCCCCACUGUGCCCCUUCUUGAUUAUGUCACUGCCUCACUCCUGACCAGGGUGGAUGCUCAGAUCAGUCUCAUCACAGACUUGGCCUUGGCCAGCAUCCCUUUACUCCCUGGAAAGGGCACCCAGGCCUCUCCAGAUAGCAUCACUGCCCCUUGCCCAGCCAUCUGAUUGGUGACAGGGUCAACCCAGCAACCUCCCAUCAGCACCAGAGGUGGGGCAUCCCAGCCCUUGGAUGGUGUCACUGGUCCUUGCCUGAAUCCUGUUACCUGGACCCUGACAGGAUCAGAACUUACUGGCUUGGGCCACACUCUCCUCAGAGGCCCCUGGCCCUGUGGUAGGGCCAACAGGAGCUGACCCACCUGUGGCUGUCAGCACUGCCUCUGCUGGCCUGAUCCUGGGAGCGGCAGUCCCUGCUGGAACCAUCUGCAGGGGCCAAGGGUGCUCCUUUACCCCCUCCCCAACUAUCAGGAGUGUCCAGGGACUUCAGGGAGUCCCCAGCACCCAAUGCACAAUCUGCCCCAAUUCUCUUUGUACAUAGCCAUGUUGCAGGGGGCGGCCAUUCCCCAUUUAUAAAGGGCUACACGCCCCCUCCCAGCCCCCAGGGCGAGGGGGGGCGCCUCUUCUCCUCCUCUGGGCCGCCCCCUCCCUUUUACGUAUCCCCCCAAAUACUGGCCCUCAGCUCCUCCCUUCUUGUCAGGAGCCUGGGGCACAUAAUUGGUCCUAUGCUCUGACCAUACUGAGGAAGCUGGGAGUUACCCCAAGUCCCCCUAGGCCCUGGUGCCGGCUUUUCAAUCUCAUUGCUAUGACUGCUCCCACGACUCCCCACCCCUUCUAAGGCCUCCCCAGAGGAGCCAGUGGGAGCGCUGCCCAUAGCUGUGCUGGCCCCUGCUUGACACCCCCUUGAACACUCAGCUUUCUCUAGUCCCAGAGUUGGGAGGCUGGGGGUCUUUCAGCUGUUGUAUGCCCCCCUCCACUUGCUCUGCCCCAGCCUGGAUUCUAGGAAUCUGGCCCCCAUCCUCUACCCUCCAUUCACUUGGCACAGGCUGCCUAACCCUGGGGCCCUGACCUCUUAACUCAAAUAAGCCAUAGUGGGGAGAGGUCUAGAGGGUGGGCCAGCAGGCAUGUUCUGCCUGUCCCCCUUGAUGCUUAUGGAGCUGGGACCUCACCAUCUGUCUUCCCCCCUGCCAAUAAAUGCACACAAAUGUGUGCACACGUGCACACCCACGCACAAGCACCUCCCUCUGGUUGGGGGCUGCCAAGGGGCGUCACUGAAAGUGAUAAACAGUUCCAGACCAGGAGACCCUCCACAUUUCUGCCCAUCCUUGCACUCCUCAUGCCUCCCUCCAGCACUGGACCCUGCCCUCAAUUUCCUGGUAAGGACAGCUGGAGGAGUUGAGACUUGGUAUUUUUUGGAAUAAACUGAC